AUGAGACUGCUUAUUGUGCUCUCCGUACUAUUGAUUCCUUCGUCGUUGGCACAGAACUCUGAGGAUUCCUCAGAGCUCGAAUUCGGAGGACCACGUCCAUCCUCGGAUGGACCGCCACUGUUUCCAAAGUUCCUCAUGCAAGUGCCGCAGUUUGCGAGAAAGGAGUUCUUUGAUAUUGUCAGCAGUGAUCAGUUUUCAACGGAUCAGCAAAACCAGCAACUGACUAUCUGGGCUAAGGCUUUCAAUGUCACUGUGAGGGUUACCCUUUUUUUCAAAAAUAUGAUGAACUUUAGGACGAAUUCAAUGAGUGGACCAAACAGGUUCAGAAACAGAAAGACGCUGUCACUCAGAAUGUCCAAGCUGUCGUUGCCAACAUAUCGACAGUCUACAAUCAGCUCGAAGAGAUUCUCUCCAACACCAACUUGACCAGAAGAGACCAGCAUGAUCAGAUCCGCAAGCUUUCAGUCACAUUCCCAAGAGUGAGUGACGCACAAUAGUUUCAUUCAACUAAGUCAUGCCUAUUGUAGGAAGUGAGAGCCUUGUUCUUCAUCGCUAGAAACUACCGCCCCGAGAGCAAAACUCCCGUUUUUGGACAAGCCACGAAGCCGCAGACUCCCAUGGUUCCAUUCGGAGUUCAGCAAUCCAUGCAAAACAUGAUGUACGGCUCACCAAUGAUGUUCGCGCAACAACAGCAAAGACCAUUCAUGUACAGAAUGAUGGGAGGCUCUCAAGAGCAAGGAAUGGGACAACAAGGUGGACAGAACGGACCAAUGAACGAUUUCACUAAGAGAGGAUCGCAGCGUAGCCAGUCUAAUGACCAAGGGGCCCAGGGACCAGAUUUUGGACCAGAAGGACAAGGAGAACAAGGAGGCCGCGGACAGGGACCAGACUUCGGACCAGGAGGACAGGAUGACUUCCCAGGACGACGUGGACCAGGAGGGCCAGGAAGUCGUGGACCAGGAGGGCCAGGAAGUCGUGGACCAGGAGGACAAGGAGGUCGUGGACAAGGAGGACAAGGAGGCCGUGGCCAAGGACCAGACUUCGGACCAGGAGGACAAGGAGGCCGUGGACAGGGACCAGACUUCGGACCAGGAGGACAGGAUGAUUUCCCAGGACGGCGAGGACCAGGAGGGCCAGGAGGUCGUGGACAAGGAGGACAAGGAGGCCGUGGCCAAGGACCAGACUUCGGACCAGGAGGACAAGGAGGCCGUGGACAGGGACCAGACUUUGGACCAGGAGGACAGGAUGACUUCCCAGGACGGCGUGGACCAGGGGGGCCAGGAGGUCGUGGACAAGAAGGAUCAGGAGGCCGCGGGCAAGGAUCAGACUUCGGACCAUUCGGACAAAUGAACAAUGAGAGCCAAUCCCCAUCUCAACAAGGAGGUCGCCAGUUCAACGACAAUACUUCAUCGUAUCAGAAGUUCUUCGAGCGACAGUCCAACUCAGGAACGCGAUUCGACCAGUCGUCAGGCUUCGGAAUGCGAGGUGGAAAUCAACGGCAGCCAAACCAAAACUUCGACUUCGCCAACAAUUAA